ACCGUAUCUUUUCUUCCAUGCAAUUUUCUCCAUUCCCUAGCACCCACUUCCUUGUGUUCUUCUCCAUUACUUGUCUCCUCCACCGCCUUUUUCUUCAUCUUCUUCUAGGUUUUUUUUUCCCCUUUUUAAAAUCAGGUUCUACACUCUUCACUUUCUAGUGCUAAAAGAUGUCUAGCCGAAGGUCCAGAUCAAGGCAGUCAGGAAGUUCAAGGAUCACAGAUGAUCAGAUCCGUGAUCUUGUUACGAAGUUGCAGCAACUUCUUCCUGAGAUUCGUGAACGGCGCCCCGAUAAGGAAUCGGCAGCUCGGGUGUUACAAGAGACUUGCAACUACAUCAGGAACUUGCAUAGAGAGGUUGACGAUCUUAGCGAGCGGCUGUCGGAGCUGUUGACCACCACUGACACGGCCCAGGCUGCCAUAAUCCGGAAUUUGCUUAUGCAGUAGACGGCUACAAAAUUAAUUAAGCUUUGCUGAUUUAGGGUUAUCAGUUCACUGCUUUUGCCAGUAUAUUGGCGGUUGUCUUAAUUUCAUUUUUUCCCUAGUCUUUAAAGCUUUGUUACUAUAGCUAGACUAAGAACUAAUUAGUUGCAGUUGAAUGAGUAGAGAAUCUUUUUGCAAAGCUGUGUAAUAAUAUUUAAGGAAUAUAAUAAGAGAACUCUU